UGGCGCCGGCGCCCGGCGGCCACGUUGACAGGGCGGGAACGGGGCCCAGCCGCGCAUCGCGGGGAAGGUUGGGCGCGGGUAGCGGGGUCGCUGCCACAGUAAAAUGUCUUCGCCUCCCAGAGAGAAAGCAGAGACGCGGGCCGGACACCCUCCUGCUGUGAAGGCUGGUGGGAUGCGUAUUGUUCAGAAACACCUGCACAAUUCUGAUGCCAAAGAAGAAAAAGAUAAGGAUGACCAAGACUGGGAAACCAGCAGCCCACCUAAGCCAACGGUGUUCAUCUCUGGUGUCAUUGCUAGGGGUGAUAAGGACUUCCCUCCAGCAGCGGCUCAGGUGGCUCAUCAGAAACCACAUCCUUCUGUGGAAAAGCUUCCUCCCCCACAGCAUGUCAAACAGCACAUCCACCAGCCUCGCAAGUGAGCUCUCCAUCAGAAUCCCAGCCAACUUGACAUGAGCAAAUAAGUUUUCAAGAGAAGAUGAAAACCCUUUAGGAUUCACACUGUCAAAUCAGUUAAAUUGACCUCUAAAAUAAUAUCCUGUUUCUUUUACUUCAAUUCUCAAGGGUUAAUAAAAAUGAAGACAUUGUUUAUUUGUUAUCCCGGAUGGAAAAUUCUCUGUUAAGUGUGUGCUGAUUAGGGGUGGGUUUUUUAUAAGAUUUUUCUUAUUGCCAAGGUAAAACUUUAGUAUGAAUAAUAAGAUUAAUGAGCUUAAAACUUGUACUUUUAGGUGUGGCAUCACAGUAGCAGAUAGUUAAUGCAGCUUUUAUGUUAAGACGGUAAGGAAGAAUAGCCCUUUUGUACUGGUAUCUUUAAUAUCUGGAGGGAGUCUGUGUAUGCUAAGACAGAAAUUGGUGGUUGUCUUGCUUAUGUAUAGCCCUUGCAGUCUUCAGUAUCCUACAGCAUUGCACCCAGUGGCUAUGCCCUCUGAUUCCAACUAGUGAGAUGGUAGAAGGGCCCCAAAACAUUCAUGAGUCGGCAGAAAUCCAGCUGAAUCUUCCUUACACCCCCUUGCACUCGCACAGCCCUGCUGAGGUUCUUCCAUUUGGAGGUGUGUGGGUAUGGAGAAGGGUGAGACAUCAGAGUUACAAGAACACAGUUGCUGUAGGUAACUGAUAUGUGAUCUCAUGGCUCUCAUUGAUGGCUUCAUUUUUAUGAGGUAAUGAUUAUUAAUGAUAAAUAACAAGCUGAAGGAGCUUAGGACCCUCCAGAAUUGAACUUAAACUGGUGGAAAACCUGUAUUCUUUUUUGACUUACAGUUUGAAAUCACUUUUUGAGAUCAAGAGAUACCAUUAGUAAAUGUAUUAUAUUUUAUGACCCAAUCUCUGUUGUUCAUCAUGGUAUUUUUAAGAACAGUAGUGAUAAGAGGGAACAAAAGUUAACUUUUCAAAUAGAGUGAUCAGAUUACUUUGGGCCACAUAAUUAAAUCUUUUGGUUACAGAGUUCAAAAUCACUUAGUUCUGUUGUUUUCCUUCUGCUGCUCAUCUCUGUAAAACCCAGAAAAAUAAUUUUUUAAACAUUUUAUCUACUUUUUUUAAAGUAUUCUUUUGGUUUUAACAGACUAUAAAUACAGUGGAGCCUUUAGUACCCUCUGGUUUUCUGAAAUUUCUAGUAAUUUUAAAAAAGUGUGUACCAGAGAGUGCUGCAAGCAUUCAUCUGGCAAACCAAUGAAAAUUUGGGGUCACCUUGGCCUUUACUAGUUUGUUUAUGUGUAAAAUCAAAUAGUACAGAAAACCAGUGAGGAGAGAUUUAAAAAUAUUAUUUUUAUAAAAUUUCUGCAGAUUAAAUAAUUAUUCCCUGAGCAGCUGUUUUAAAACAACAGCCCAUUUCACAAGUGGAGUAACUCACUUCAUGUGGGCGAGAGGGACUUGGCAUUUCCAUCUAUCUCUUCAUAGCCUUGAAAUGGAAAUGAUGGUUUGCAAAGUAUAUGCAUGGAUAUGUUUAUUCUACACACAAGGAAGGAUGUACAAGCUGUAUGUACAAUCCUAAUUACCAGUUUAAUUAGAUAACUGUACUUGCCUUAAGGAAUGAGUGUUGUUUAUAAGAAUUAUUCUGUAUUAGAAUAUGCAUCAUUUUAAAAAUACGCUUUCUGUUUCUGAUGAUGGUACGUCUGAGGCCUUAUUUGUAGCUGCUCAUGAGUGUGUAAGUGAUUCACACAUGAGUAACUCAUUCAUAAGGGAAGUAUUGUUGAGCCUUUUGAAACAUCUGCAUGAGGUAAUUUGCUGGCAGAAAUGUUUGCAGAUUCGGGACUGAAAGCAGUGGCAUCUCUAUGGUGCAGCCAGUAGCUGCCAGCGUGCUGCACCAGCAAUGAAGCAGGUCAUUGCAGUUGCUUCAUACUGGUAGCUACUGGCUUGAGAAUGAGCUGGAGCUAUUCAGCUCUCCUAGUCCUGUGCCUAUAUCUGAGGUAGUGUCUAGACUCCUGCUGUAGUCAAUGGUAAUGUAGUCAAGACAGUCAGUAGAGUUGAGGUAUGGCGUCUUGAACCAAAUGGAAGCGUCUUUAAAGAUGAGCUGGAUCAUUCUUGACUCUGUUGACUGCAGUGGAAAACGAAACAUACCUCAGUGUAAAAGCACACAAUUAGAUGUGACUAGGUACCUCUACUCUGUGUCUACCAAUAGCUGGUAGAAAUGCUUCUGAAAACAACACCACAUUCAGUAUCAUUCUAAUACUGAAGUUAUGAAUCUGGAUGCCUUUGGAUUACAAACUACUGCUUCUGGAUGUUAAUACAAUAUAUACACCAUGUAUAAAGAAUACUCAAAUUUUGUCUUUGGUUACUUAAAGGGGUAUGUAAGUUUGUACAAUAUAGUAUGGCUUUCAAGAUAGCUUUAGUGGCUUUUAGAGUGCAGGAAUUCCAAUAUGGUUAGACAAUGUCUCUGUAUGAAAGCGUAUUAUAUAUUGCUGGAGGUAUCCAUGUUUAUAGAUAGGCGUCUUUACCAAAGCAUUACCUUUCCCAAAAUAAAGAAUCGUAGCUGGUCAUCUGGAUUGCCUUCUGAUGGUUAUUGGUACUUUUAAAAUGUUACAAUAACAUACAAGCACAGGAGAUGUUCAGAUGUUUCCUUGAAAUGAUUGCAAAAGAAAUUUUCUGUAAUUCCCAAUGUGGCAAUAAUAAAGCAUGAAGUUGUA